AUGCCAGGUAGAUCCAAAUUGGCAAGGAAGAAGGCAACUGAAGAAGAAGCUAAGAGUGUUUCAAAAUUGAAGAGGUUUGGCUUGCAAAUGAGGAGCCAAAAAUGCUUGCAGAUUGGACAUAACAAAAGAUCUUGUAAAAAUGAGGCUGCACCAAGGCCACCUAAGAGAAAAAUAGGAAGGCCAAGAACCAAAGCCACAUCUUGCCCUCUUGAAAAUGAGCUUCAUCAUGCAGUUGAUGUUGGACAAUCAGGAAGCUCUGCCUCCACACAAGUCAGAAAGAGGAAAACCCCUAUGAAAAGGAAUCCAUCCCAAUCUGCUGUGGUUGGAAAACAACAAAUAUACAAAGAAAGAGCAAUGGUAUGCUAA